AAGCACCCAUUUUAUAUUGUUCCAAACCUAGGGCUUCUUUCAUUCGUCAUCGCCGAUACCAUACCGCAUACUACUAACAGAGUAUAUAAAUACUUCCAUCUUAUAUUUAGGGUUUAGCAAAACCCUAACGCUUUCAAUCACAGUUUGUCUCGAAAUCAGGGAUCUAUGGGUAGUAAGAAAAGAAGUUCUGAUAGUGUAGAAGUAGAUAAUCACAAAAGUGACACAAACGUUGAUGAAUUAAGGAAAACAAUGAAAAAAAUGAAAAAAAGUAGGAAGGAUGAUGGAGAGGUUACAAAUCCUGUUAAUUUAAGCUCUGAUGAUGAGGUUGAUAAGGUUUCGAGUGAGCGUUCGAAGAAGAAACUGAAAAAGGGGAAGAAGAGUGAUGGAGAGGUAGCAGUAACAAAUCCUAAGAGUAAUGAUAAUAAGUCUAGUGCGGAUAAACCGAUGGAGCGGAAGAAGAAACGGAAGGCGUUGGAUAAGGAAAAGCACCGGGCUAGUUCGGAUGAUAAUGGUGAAGUGAAGGCGAAGGUAGAGAGUUUGGAGGUGAAAGAAGUUGAGAAUAGAGCGAGUAACGGUUUGCCGGAGUUUCAUAUAGGGGUGUUUAAGGACUUAGGGUCCGCUGAUGUGUCGGUUAGGGAGGCUGCUGCUGAGAGGUUGGUGAUGGAGUUGAAGGAGGUUCAGAAGGCUUAUGAUAUGUUGGAGAAGAAGGAAAAUGUUGAAGGUGAAGGUGAGUUGAAGUUGGAAGCUGAGAAAAAUGACGGGUUGAAUAAUUGUGCACCGUCUGUGAGAUAUGCUGUUCGAAGGCUUAUUCGUGGUGUUUCAUCAUCUAGAGAGUGUGCAAGGCAAGGAUUUGCAUUGGGUUUGACUAUGUUAGUUGGUGAGGUUUCCAGUAUUUCAUUAGACUCGCUGCUGAAACUAAUUGUUGACUUAUUGGAAGUAUCUUCUUCAAUGAAGGGUCAGGAAAUCAAAGACUGUCUUUUAGGUCGUUUGUUUGCUUAUGGGUCUCUUGCACGAUCAGGAAGACUUUCUCAACAAAGUGAUGAUGAUUCAGAGCAUGUAAAAGCAUUCACUAGCUCUGUUAUUUCACUAGCCACUAAGAAACGCUAUCUUCAGGAGCCUGCUGUCGAGAUUAUCUCGCAGUUGAGUGAAAAGUUGCCUGUUGAAGUUGUGUUGAAGCAAGUUCUAGAAGCUCCGGGUCUCCACGAAUGGUUUGAAGGAGCCAUAGAAGCUGGAAAUCCCGAUGCGUUACUUCUAGCUCUUAAGCUCAGAGAAAAAGUAGCUGCUGACGACAAAUUGUUUGGGAAGCUCUUACCCGAUUCAUACAGUUCUAGCACAUUGUUUUCUGUUGACCAUCUAUCCUCUCUCGCAAAUUGCUUUAAGGAGUCUACAUUUUGUCAGCCUCGAGUCCAUGGUGUAUGGCCAGUAUUGGUGAAUAUCCUGUUACCCGAAAUUUCACCACAACAUGCUGAUUCAGCAACAGGAUUGAACUCUGCAAAAAAGCACAAAAAGAGUCGCAAAUCCAGCUCUUACGAUGAAGACAUUCAGAAAAACCUGCAGAAUUUCUGGGAUAUUAUCAUUGAAAGAUCACUUCUUUUAUCAUCACAUGAUCGGAAACACUUGGUGUUCGAUAUUAUACUUCUUGUUCUACCAAGGCUGCCUGUAUCUUGCAUUCCCAUUGUUUUUUCUUUCAAGAUUAUUCAAUGUCUAGUGGAUAUUCUCUCCACAAAGGAUUCAUGGCUGUACAAAUUUGCGGAAUACUUUUUAAAAGAAUUGUUAGAGUGGGUCAGCCAUGAUGAUGGUAGACGCGUGGCGGUUACUAUGGCUAUGCAGAAACACAGCAACGGGAAAUUCGAUAGCAUUACGAGGACUAAAACCGUUAAAGAUUUGAUGUCGGGUUUCAGCACCAAAUCAGGCUGCAUGCUUUUUAUCCAAAACCUAAUCGACAUGUUUCUUGACGUGACUCCUGCUUCGGAAGAACCGUCGGAUCAAAGUCAAACAACCGAUGAUAAUUCCGAAAUUGGUUCAAUCGAGGAAAAGAGUUCUGUCGAACCUCGUGGAACUUCUGAUUUUCUUAAAAGCUGGGUUGUAGACUCCGUCCCUAGUGUGUUAAAACAUUCGAAACUCGAUAACGAAGAGAAGUUUUGUGUUCAAAAAGAAAUCUUGAAGUUUUUGGCUGUUCAGGGUUUGUUUUCUUCUUCUCUCGGGACUGAAGUGACUUCAUUCGAUUUAGAUGAAAAGUUUAGAUGGCCGAAAACUGCUACUUCGAGUUCUCUUCGCGGGAUGUGUAUCGAGCAACUGGAGUUAUUGUUGGCGAAUGCUCAAAAAGGAGAAGGGCCCCACGCUGUUGCAAGCGGACGUGAAGCCAAUGAUCUUGGUUCUUAUUUCAUGCGGUUUCUUAGUAUUUUACGUAAUAUUCCUUCAGUCUCUCUGUUUAGAUCAUUGAGUGAUGACGAUGAAAAGGCGUUUAGAAAAUUGCAAGCGAUGGAAACUCAGCUUUCAAGAGAGGAAAGGAACUGUGGGAUGAGUGCGGAUGCCAACAAAUUGCAUGCAUUGAGGUACUUGCUCAUCCAAUUGCUGCUACAACUCUUACUCAGACCAGGAGAGUUUUCGGAAGCUGUAUCGGAAAUAACGAUAUGCUGCAAGAAGCUCUUCCCGUCACCUGAUCCGCUUGAUUCAGAUGACGAACCAGAUGAUAAUGAUGAUGAUGAAGCGCCUGAAUUAAUGGAUGUUUUGGUUGAUACACUGCUCUCCUUGCUCCCUCAGUCUUCCGCUCCUAUGCGGUCUGCCAUUGAGCAGGUUUUCAAAUACUACAGUGAAGAUGUGACAGAUAAUGGUCUGUUUAGGAUGUUAAAGGUUAUAAAAAAGGACUUAAAACCAGCAAGACAUCAAGAGACAGACAGUGACGAUGAAGAUGAUGACGAUGAUGAUGAUCUUUUGGAAAUUGAAGAAGCAGAGGAUUCAGAUUCUGAUGAUGAAGCAGAAACAGGUGAUAAUACUUCUGCUGGUGAUGACGGUGAUCUUAUAGAACAGUCUGAAGACUCUGAAGGAGGAACUAUAGGAAAAGAACCUCAUGAAGAAGAAGAUUCGGAUGAAUCUGACGGUGGAAUGGAUGAUGAAGCGAUGUUCAGAAUGGAUUCUUAUCUCGCCCAAAUUUUUAAAGAAAAACGUAACCAAGCCGGUGGUGAAACCGCUCAUUCUCAACUUGUUCUUUUCAAACUUCGCGUACUUUCUUUGUUGGAAAUUUACCUUCACGAGAAUCGAGGUAAACCACAAGUGCUGAGAGUAUUCACGAAUCUUGCACAGGCGUUUGUGAACCCACAUACAACCGAAGGCAGUGAGCAGCUUGGUGACCGUAUUUGUAAAAUCAUUGAGCAUGAGAUAUUCAAAGCAAAACACUACCCGAGAGGAGAAUCCGUGCAACUAUCAGUUCUCGAACCACUUUUGGAAAAAAAUCUGAAACUAGCAGCGAAACCGUUUAAGAAAAAGAAGUCUGCAGUCACCCCAUCUAAGAAGAAACAAUCUGCUUCUUUCCAGCGAUACCGAAAGAUCGUUAAUCUCGCUCAGAACUCGACUUAUUGGAUUCUAAAGCUUAUUGAUUCAAGAAGUUUCUCUGAAGAUGAAUUGGAAAGGGUGUAUGAUAUAUUAAAAAACGCUAUGGUGCGUUAUUUUGAUGAUAAAAACUCUCAACUGAAACCCCAAUUCUUGAAAGAGAUAUUCAGGAGGUGGCCGUGGGUUGGUCAACAUUUUUUCGGGUUUCUUGUUGACAAAUGUGCCGGUGCAAAGUCGAAGUUUAGGCAAGUUGAAGCACUCGACUUGAUAUUGGAAAUAUUGAAGCCACAUGUUUUGGUUAAAGAUGGAAAUGAUGAAGGGAAAGAGAUGAUAAGUGUUCAUCUUUCUCGACUUAGUAAUUUGAUCAAGGAGCUAGUGACAAAUAUGCCUGAAAAGCAAGCAAAACGGGCUGAGGUGCGAAAAUUCUGUGGUAAGAUCUUUACUUGUUUGACCACUUAUAAACUAUCGACACAGUUUCUUGAAUCUUUGGAUUCCGAAGUUCAUUCGUCAUGUGAAAGUCAAAUCGGUAAAGCUUUUCUUGAUUUGAAAAGGCAACAGGCAUAGGGUUCUUAUUUGGAUAUUGCUUAAGAUUUUGUCUUUUCCAUGUAUACAACUUUUGGGAGUCGUUCUUUUGAAGAUGCAGCAGAUUAUGAAACUACAGCUUCAAGAAAUUUUGCUGGGAAGGCUUCCAUUGAGUGGCAUAUGGAGUGAUGUAGGUUUUCAUUUGUUUUUGAAUCACAAGACACUUAGAAUCAAUGUUUGCACUGGCUUUAGUUUUAUCUGUUUUUUUCAAUAUAUUUCAGCACAUUCAACUUAUAACAUUGUUUCGAUGUAUGAAUCGGUUUCUCAAACUCGGUCUUCCUAUUAAGGUUUGGUUGCUGUAGUUUUUGUUGUUGA